CGGGAUAUGGUAUCAGUUCUUAUCAUUAUUAUGUACUUAUGGGAAUCUCAACCCAACUAGUCUACCUCAUCAGCGCAACCAAAUCAACUAUGUAUACAAUAUGCCGAAGUAAAAAUAAGGCUUCUCAACAAAGAAGAAGCCACGCGGGUACUUUGUACGUAUCCAACAACGCUUGUGUGUAUGCAAUCAAAAAGGAGGAAAACGAAAAACCAAACCCCACCCAGACCAACAUGAGUAACCCCAGACGAGAAAGACUCUUUGGUAUCAUGCUAUGUAUACAAACAUACAUUCGACAACGAGAUUGCAAACCCAAUACAAUACGGCGCGAACAAUAAAAACAACCCGCGACAUCGGGUUUGGGGGAGAAUAAGCAGACAUCGUUCAUU